GAAGUGCGGCCCUGUGUAAAAAUUACAAAGAAGAAGAAGAAGAAUUCGAAGGCAGAAAGAAAAACUUCUUAUUCCUAAUUCAGUGCAAAUUUUCUCCACCCAAACACCCUCGACAUUGCCCUUAGAGACUGAGGAAGGUGCAGGAAGUGUGAUUUUGUGUGUUAAUUGGCGUUCGGGGGUGAUUUCUGGUGUGGUUGAUCAAUCUGCGUCGCUGCCAUAAUAAACAAAAGUCAGCUGUUGUUUGUCUUGCAUUACAAUAUUUUGUGUGUUGUGGGGGAAGAAAAAAAGUUGAGCAGAAAGAAGGUUUUUUGUGUGUAAUCUCCAAAAGGGGCAACACAAGAAGGCCAGCAGAAAAGAAAGGUGCCAGUUUGUGCAAAUUGCGUAUGAUAGUUCCAACAGUGUCCAUCAUUUUGCCUACCACCACUUGCUCUCUGUAUUGCACACGCAUUCCCGCGGAGAUUCCGUGAGUCGCCCAGGGACACGGCUACGAUUCUCGGGAGGAUAAUGGAUCUGCUGGGCAGAAAAGAGAAGGAGGACGAGGCAUUUAUUGUUAAUUUCAAUCAGGAUUGCUCGUCACUCUUUGCGGGCUACAAGAAUGGCUACAGCCUCUUCUCCCUGUCUUCCAUCGAUACGAUGCUCGAGGAGAUCUACAGGAGCAACAGCGAAGACAUUCGUCUUGUUGAACGUCUCUUCAGCAGCUCCCUCGUGGCCAUUGUGGCGCUCGAUCAUCCCCGGAAGCUCAAGGUGUGCCACUUUAAGAAGGGCACAGAAAUCUGCAACUACUCGUACUCAAACACGGUGCUAGCUAUCAAGCUGAACCGAGCACGCCUGGUGGUGUGUCUCGUGGGCAGCCUCUAUAUCCACAAUAUUCGGGACAUGAAGGUGGUACACACAAUACGGGAUACUCCACCCAAUCCCAGUGGACUCUGUGCCCUGGCACCGAGCUCCGACAAUUGCUACCUGGCGUACCCCGGCAGUGCUACAGUGGGUGAAGUGCAGAUCUUCGAUGCAGUGAAUUUGCGUGCCAAGAUUAUGAUUCCGGCGCAUGAUUCCCCACUCGCAGCCAUUGCAUUCAGCAUUUCGGGUUUGGAAGUGGCGACGGCCAGUGAAAAAGGAACUGUGAUUCGUGUCUUUUCGGUCAAUGAUGGAUCGAAACUCUAUGAGUUCCGACGAGGCGUCAAGAGGUGCGUCUCAAUAGCGUCUCUCUCCUUCAGCACAUGCUCCAACUUCUUGUGCUGCAGUUCAAACACAGAAACCGUACACAUCUUCAAGUUGGAACGUCCAUCACCAGAUGCAAAGGAUGCAGUACAGGCGGACGACUGGAUGGGAUAUAUCAGCAAAGCAGUGACCAAUUUCACGAAUAUGGCUCUACCAUCGCACGUAACGGAUGUCUUUACGCAAGGUAGAGCCUUUGCGUCUGCUAUGCUACCAGUGGCUGGACUUAAGCAUUCGUGCGUCAUCACGACCAUACAGAAGCAACUCAGACUUCUUGUGGCGUCAUCCGAUGGCUAUGUAUAUGUGUACUCAAUCUCAACCGUGGAAGGUGGUGAGUGCCAAUUGGUGAAGAAACAUGAUUUGAGGAGCAUCGAGACCACACCGCCACCGAAGCCUUUUGGUAAUGAAGUGAAGAAAUGUAAAAAAGUCAAGCGAUUUUUUGACUCAGGUCGCUUUUUGUCUUGUGCAGUCACCGAGGGUGUCCCCAUGGUGGUGCCACCGGCUACACUGCCGCCCGGGCCCAGCUACGCCUCGGCACUCAAGGGUAAUUUGAAUGAUAGCGCUAAGACGGUGCCGCCAGCAGAGCACCAAUAGAAAAAUGUGACAGCAGCGUGUGUAAGAGAGUGGUGUGUGGUUGAAGGAGUGGUCGGGAGCGAAACUUGUUGGUUCUACGAUCACCAUCCCCCACCCUCUGGUCUUUUCUUUUUGGAUAAAAUUCGAAGUGAAACAAGAUAAAAAAAAUCUCAUAGAAUGUUUCCGAUUAAUAUUUACAUAUUUACACACAUUAUUUACGUUGGAUUUUAUAAUUUAUUAAUCUCUCUUAUUGUCUUCUCUUUUUUCCUUUUCUUUUCUCUAACAGAUAAGCCAGAGUAGGAAAAAUGUGAGACAAUUUUUAUAGCUGAUUGUGAAGAAGAACGUUGUAGGGUUUGUCUCCCCACCUCCCCUCUGAAAUUUACAUUAUUUUAGCAACUUUAACGCAAUGUGAAAAAUCAACUGCAUCCUCUUUUCUUUUUUUUUUUGUAAAAUGCAAUUUAAGGAAUGAUAAGCUGAACACAUUUUCAACAAAGAAAAUGUGUAAAAAGUUACAUAAUAGUUAUUUGAAUUCUUUACAAAUAUAAAUUAGGAUUAAUGGUAUAAAAAAAAAGAAAAUUGAGAGAAUGGUGGAUAGAGCAGAAUGCAGAAAGGACGUGUGAAGAUAGAUGUUCGUUGCGUAGAUUUAAAAAAAAAGAAAGGGAAAAACUUUCUCUUUUAUUUUUUUCUGUAAAUAAUUUCUCUUCUAAAUCUUUCUGCGCUAUCCUAUAUAAAAAAAAUGUCAUGUCGACCUUUCAUUUUGCGGAAGAAGCAACAUUCUUAUUAGAAGAGAGACCGACUUUCAUGAAAAGCAACCUCUAAUUUAAGUGAAAUAUCAAAUGUGCAACUGAUUUGAAGCUUUUUAUCGAGUCAGGAAACAAUUUUGAUGAAAAAAAAACUACAAAAAUGUAGAUUUAUAAUAAAAGAAAUCUAUGUAAAAGACCAAAAA